AUGGCAUUUCCACUGAACGAUCAAAUUUAUACAAAAUCUUUUACACCUAGAGAAUACCAAGUAGAGUUAUUUUAUGCUGCUAAGGAAAAAGAUAUUAUCGUUUGCUUAGGAAAAAAUUAUGAACAAACUUUUAUUGUUAUAAAAUUAAUUCAAGAAUUUGCUACAAAUAAUAGAAGAUUAUUAAGUAAGGGAGGAAAACGAUCGUUGUAUAUAUUGAAAGAUGAGGAAAAAUGUAUAAUAAAAGCAAGUUAUAUUCAGCAAUUAACAGAUUUAAAAGUAUUAUUAUGUGACACUUGUUCCCUUGCAGAAUUUAUAGAAAAAUUUGAAAUUUCUCAUGUACUAGUAACAACUUUUGAGACAUGUGCACAAUUAUUAACUGAUAAAAAAAUUUUACCACAUCAGAUAAAUCUAGUCAUAGUUGAUGAGUGCCAUAAAUCAGUAGACAAUAACAAACUAAAAUUUAUUUUACAAACUAUUUUAUCAUGUGAAAAUGUUGCUAGAAUUAUUGGACUAGCUGUACCAUUGUUUAAUUUAACACAAGAACCUGGAAGAUUAGGUUUGGAAAUAGAAAAAGUAGAAAAUACAUUUCAGUGUGAAGUUGAAACAGCUAGUGAUAUAUUAUCUAUAUUGCGGUAUAGCCCUAAACCUAAAGAAUAUGUAGUAGAAUAUACUAAAAGUGAAAAAGGAGAAUUACAUACUACUAUUGAAAAUUAUAUAUUGCAUGCUAUUGAUUUUUUACGCGAUCAUCGUCAUGACCCAACUGAGAUUUACAAUGAGGAGUUUUAUGAAGAUAUUCAAAAAAUACCAGAUCCUACAGAAAAACCAUUUGAGAUGAUGCAAGAUUUUUUAUACAUAUUAGACUCUCUUGGACCAUGGUGUGCAGAUCGUGCUGCACUUGCUCUUUUAAUUUUAACAGAAAAAUUAAAAAUAAAAACACCUUAUGAAAGACAUUACUUGUUAUUAAAUAUGGUGGCAUCUGUUUUUACAAAGAUACGAGCUUUAUGUGAUAGCGCAUUUGAAGUUUUAUCUGAAAGAGAAAGAAUAUUUAAAUAUAGCACUCCAAAAGUUCAUCGAUUAUUACAAAUUUUGAAAACAUAUACACCAUAUUAUACUAAGAAUAUUAAUAAUAGUAAUGAUAAAAUAAACAAUGAAAAUAUUUCUCAAAAACUAUCAACCAACAAUAGAGAAGGCUUUAUGAAAGAUAAAUUUGUUCAAUUUAAAAAAUUGGAUUGUAAUUGGCAAAAUAAUGAAGAAAAUUGUAAAGAACCAUCUAGAGCACAACAUAUGCGUGGUGUUAUGGAUCCUGAUUUGCUUUGUGGUGUGAUUUUUGUGGAUAAGGCAUUUGUAGCAAAGGUGUUAUUUUAUUUAUUAAACGAAAUAUCUAUGCAUGACGAAGAUUUACAUUUUUUGUCACCUCUUUAUAUGAUCGAAAGGAAUAUCGAUGACAUUGGUUAUUCAAGAGAUUUAGGAAUAGAACAUAAAAAACAAGAAGAAGUUUUAAAAAGAUUUAGAAUACACGAAUGUAAUUUAUUAAUUUCAACUUCAAUUUUAGAAGAAGGUAUAGAUAUUCCAAAAUGCAACUUUGUAAUGAGAUAUGAUUUUCCUAAGACUUAUCAGUCCUAUGUACAAUGUAGGAGUCGUGCCAGAGCUACAGAUGCCUUGUAUGUAUUAUUGGUACCACAAGAAACAUCGAGGGAGUAUGUAUGGCAAUUAGCUCAAUAUCAUUAUAUAGAAAAGAGUUUGUUAGUAAAAUGUUCUAAUAACGAACCGUCUGAAGAAGAAGAAAACGAAGCAGAUUUGUAUGCUGGUAUGAUACCACAUUAUAAACCACUUGAUGGAGAUGAUACACCUAAAGUUACUUUUAAUUCUGCUAUAUCAUUAGUAAACAGAUACUGUGCAAAAUUACCCAGUGAUAUAUUUACAAGAUUAACUCCAGAAUGGGUCAUUCAUAAAAUGAAUAUUGAUAAUACACUUAUGUACAUAUGUUCUUUACGACUUCCCAUAAAUUCUCCGGUAAAAUACGUUGUAUCGUCAUUCCCUAUGCCUAACAAAGCUAUGGCAAGACGAAUGGCUGCUUUACAGUUAUGUAUUGAUUUACACAGAAAGAACGAAAUAGAUGAUAAUUUAUUACCGAUUGGAAAGGAAAAUUUUAAAGCUAAACCAGAAGAUGCAGAAGUACCUGCACUACCAGAUGAAAGUAAAGUAGAUUUUUCCGAAGCUCGACCAGGAACAACCAAACGAAGACAAUAUUAUUAUAAAAAGACAGCUGAAACAUUAACAGAUUGUAGACCAAUAAUUGGAAUUCCGUCUUAUUUAUACCAUAUUAAUUUGGUUUUGAGUUGCCCUUUACCUGAAGAACAAAAUACCAGAGGUCGACGUAUAUAUCCUCCCGAAGAAUCAGCUAUUGGUUUUGGCAUAAUAACAUUAAAAGAAAUUCCUAAAUUAUGUCCAUUUCCUAUCUAUACCAGAUCUGGAGAAGUUCAUGUAAAGUUAAAACUUAGUAAACAAACUGUAAUUUUAAAUGAAAUACAAAUAGAAAAAAUUGCAGCCUUUCUUAAUUAUACUUUUACAAAUGUAUUAAGAUUACAACAAUAUUUAAUGCUUUUUGAUCCUAAUGCUUCAGAGAACUCAUACAUGAUUGUACCUGUGAAAUUAGAUGAGAAGUCUGAUGUCAUUGUAGACUGGAACUUUUUGGAAUGUAUAUAUAAGAAUCGAAAUUCAGGACCUACUAAAAUUUCUGAAGAAGUUAGAAAGAACUUCAAGUUUGAUGCAUCAAAAUACCAUGAUGCAGUAAUUAUGCCUUGGUAUAGAAGUCAGGAUCAACCUCAGUAUUUUUAUGUUGCUGAAAUCUGUACAAAUUUAAAUCCAAAAUCUUCUUUCCCUGGUGAUGGUUAUAGUACUUUCGAAGAAUAUUAUCUUAAAAAAUACGAUAUACAGAUACAAAAUUUAGAUCAGCCUUUAUUGGAUGUGGAUCACACAUCAGCAAGAUUAAACUUUUUAACACCAAGAUACGUUAAUCGAAAAGGCGUUGCUUUACCAACAAGUAGUGAAGAAACAAAACGAGCAAAACGAGAAAAUCUGGAACAAAAACAAAUUCUUGUUGCCGAAUUAUGCACUAUUCACCCAUUUCCAGCUUCACUGUGGAGACAAGCAGUUUGUUUACCUUGUAUUUUGUAUAGAAUCAAUGCUUUAUUACUUGCUAAUCAAAUACGAUGUCAAGUUGCACAAAUGAUAAAUCUAGGUCAAGAAACUUUAAGUUCUGAUUUUAGGUGGCCAGCAUUAGAUUUUGGAUGGAGCUUAGCAGAGGUUUUAAAAAAAUCUAAAGAAUCUGAAAAAACAAAAUUAGCUAGAAAUGAUACUAUUGAAUUAAAUUCUACAAAUAAUCAAUCUAAAGACAUAGUAGACAAUUUACAUAAAUCGGGUAAAGAAGACUUAAAUGAAGAUAAUUGCGAAUUAAAAAGUAAUAUAAUAAUGGAAACAAACCAACAAGUAUUAAAUGAUGAAAAUGAAUUAGAAAUUGGUACUUGGUCAAGUGACAUGGCAAUGAAUUCUUUGGAUUUUGAAAUAAAUAACUUAAAAUCAUUUCCUCUAAACGUAACAGUUUUGCCAAAUGAUUUUAAUUGGAGUGAUAUUCGAUAUGGAUCACCUGCAUGUGAAUCAGAUUUUGAUGGUUAUGAAUCAGAUGAUAUUUAUAGUGAUGGAUUUGUUGAUACAUCUGAUGAAAGUGAAGAUGAAAACAGAGGACUACGAAUUUCUUAUAUGGGAGAAAACGUUGCAGAAGCUGUAGAAGAUGAAAAACAAAUAUCUAAACAAGAAAUUAAUAAAAAAAUCUUGGAUUUAUUAGAAAGUGAAAAAAAUUUGGAUGACAUUUUAUGGUCAUAUGUAGAAGAGAGUGAGAACUCUUCAAUUUCAAAACAUAAACAAGCUCAUUAUGAAUUUGCUAAAAUAAGAGAAUUUGACAUAAUGCAAAGUGAAUAUUUUAUACCCUGCGAUAACGAGAUUGUAAUUAAAAGAAAAACUUCAGUCAGCUUACAGCCUGAUGAAAAUUUGUCAGAUUAUAGACAUAAAACUUAUAUAGAAAAUGUAGUUGAUAAAUUCACUAAGGAAAUAUUAAAUAAGAAAGAUAUUAUUCAACCAAUAAAAAAAAACUCGAAUAUACCGAAAUUUACAUAUCAUUCAGAUAACAAUCUCUUCAGCUUUGAUUUUCAACCAAAAUUAGAAAAUCAUCCAGGGCCAAGUCCCAGUUUAAUUUUACAAGCAUUAACUAUGUCUAAUGCAAAUGACGGUAUUAACUUAGAACGUUUAGAAACAAUUGGAGAUUCAUUCUUAAAAUAUGCUAUAACUACUUAUUUAUAUUGUACAUAUGAUAAUAUACACGAAGGCAAACUCAGUCAUUUAAGAUCUAAACAGGUCAGUAAUUUAAAUCUAUAUAGAUUGGGAAGGCAAAAAAUGUUAGGUGAAAGCAUGAUAGCAACAAAGUUUGAACCCCAUGACAAUUGGUUACCUCCUUGUUAUUAUGUUCCUAAAGAACUUGAACAAGCAUUAAUUGAAUCUGGUGUACCUUCGACUUUAUGGAAUCAAGCUGACAUACCAGCAUUACAAGCUGUAAAUUCUUCAGAAAUAACUCAACUUGUUCGAGAAACUGAACAAAAAUUAGGUGUUAUGAAAAAUGAGCUAAAUCGCAAUGAUAUGCUUCCAAAUAAUUUAGAUAAUAUGUGUUGUUUUAUACCAUACAAUUUAAUUACUCAACAUAGCAUUCCUGACAAAAGUAUUGCAGAUUGCGUGGAGGCAUUAAUUGGAGCUUAUUUAAUUGCUUGUGGACCUAGAGGUGCAUUACUUUUCAUGGCAUGGUUAGGGAUUCAUGUUUUACCUACAGAAGAAAUUAGUAUUGUACAAGAAACAGAACCAAAAGAAAGAAUACCAGGUAGUACUCCGUACAUAAAAGCAUUAAAUGAAAAGGGUCAAACAGUGUGGACACAGAUUUGUUAUGGAAAGUUGGAAGAACCACAGAAUCCUUUACUUCGAUACAUUCCGGAUCCAGAACAAGAAUUAAGAAUGAUGCUUGAUGGUUAUGAAGAAUUAGAAAAAAGUAUAGGAUAUAAGUUUCAUGAUAUUAGUUAUUUACUACAGGCGUUUACCCAUGCCUCAUAUCAACCUAAUAGAUUAACAGAUUGUUACCAACGUUUAGAGUUUCUUGGAGAUGCAGUUUUAGAUUAUUUAAUAACGAGACACUUAUAUGAAGAUGCUCGACAACAUUCUCCAGGUGCUUUAACGGAUUUACGAUCAGCUUUAGUUAAUAAUACUAUAUUUGCUUCAUUAGCUGUGAGAUGUGGAUUUCAUAAAUAUUUUCGACAUCUUUCGCCUGGUCUAAGUAUUGUUAUAAAUCGCUUUGUUAGAAUUCAAGAAGAAAACGGACAUUCCAUUAGUGAAGAAUAUUAUUUAAUUGGCGAAGAAGAAUGUGAAGAAGCUGAAGAUGUAGAGGUACCAAAAGCAUUAGGUGAUGUUUUCGAAUCAUUAGCUGGUGCAAUUUAUUUAGAUAGUGGUAUGUCUUUGGAUGCAGUAUGGAGUGUCUAUUAUGCCAUUAUGAAAAAUGAAAUUGAACAAUUCAGUACCAAUGUACCAAAAUCGCCAAUUCGUGAAUUAUUAGAAUUGGAACCUGAAACAGCAAAAUUUGGAAAACCAGAAAAGUUAGCUGAUGGACGAAGAGUUAGAGUUACAGUGGAUGUUUUUGGUAAAGGCUCUUUUAAAGGAAUUGGAAGAAAUUACAGAAUUGCAAAAUGUACUGCAGCAAAAUGUGCUUUAAAAAAACUGAAAAGGAUGCAGAAUUAUUCAAGAGAUAAACUAUGA